AUGUCCUUUGAGGAUUUUGCAGCAAAAAAGAAGAGGCAGCCCCCAUCUACUGUGUCUUUUACUGAAUGCAGGGCUCUCUGCAGGCUCCCUAUUGACAGCGUCUCAGAUCCUCCUCACAAAAACGCUGCAAGAGAGAUCUUAAUAUCUUCCUUUACAGAUGAGGGGGAGAAAGGUUUUCCUGGACCCCCUGGCUCUCCUGGCCAGAAGGGAUUCCCAGGUCCUGAAGGCCUGCCUGGACCACAGGGACCCAAGGGUUUGCCAGGACUGCCAGGACUCACUGGUCCCAAAGGUGUAAGGGGAAUGACUGGAUUACCAGGAUUCUCAGGUCCUCCUGGACUUCCAGGCACCCCAGGCCAUCCUGGAACUUAUGGUCUUCCUGGUGUGCCAGGAUGCAACGGUUCUAAGGGUGAGCAAGGGUUUCCAGGAUUUCCGGGGAUACCAGGCUUCCCAGGGGCCCCGGGUGCUGUUGGUUUGAAAGGAGAAAAGGGUGCUCCUGCCGAAGGAGAAGGUAUAGAACUUGAUGGAAAAGGUGACCCCGGGUUGCCAGGAGCUCCAGGAUUCCAGGGUUUGCCAGGCCUUCCAGGUUUUCCCGGACCUGUUGGCCCACCUGGCCCUCCAGGAUUCUUUGGCUUUCCAGGAAUCAUGGGACCUCCAGGACCUAAGGGUCACAUGGGCGAUAAUGUGAUAGGACAAAAAGGAGAGCGGGGUGUGAAAGGAUUAGCGGGACCCCCUGGACCACCAGGAACAGUUAUUGUGACACUGACCGGCCCGGAGAACAGAACGGACCUCAAGGGCGAGAAGGGGGACAGGGGAGCCAUGGGCACAUCUGGACCUCCUGGACCCUCAGGACUGCCUGGAGAAUCUUAUCGCUCUGAAAAGGGUGCUCCUGGAGAACCUGGUCCACAGGGGAAACCUGGAAAAGAUGGUGCUCCUGGGUUCCCUGGCACCGAGGGAGCCAAAGGCAACAGGGGCUUCCCUGGGUUAACAGGUGAAGAUGGCAUUAAGGGGUGGAAAGGGGAUGUUGGCCCUCCAGGAUUUCGUGGUCCAACAGAAUAUUAUGAUGCUUACCAGGAAAAGGGAGAUGAAGGAAUCCCAGGCCCUCCAGGGCCCAAAGGAGCUCGUGGCCCACAGGGUCCCAGUGGUCCCCCCGGAGCUCCUGGAAGUCCUGGGUCAUCAAGGCCUGGCCUCAGAGGAGUCCCUGGAUCACCAGGCGUGAAAGGAAAUAAAGGAGCGCGAGGACCCCCAGGAGAGAGUGCAGUGGGGCCUCCCGGGUCCCCGGGUUGUCCUGGUUCACCUGGCCCUACAGGGUCGCCAGGACCUCCAGGACCACCAGGUGACAUCGUUUUUCGCAGAGGUCCACCUGGAGAUGGUGGGCUUCCAGGCCACGUAGGGUCUCCAGGAAUCCCAGGCGUCGAUGGGCCCAAAGGGGAAACGGGCGUCUUGUGCACACAGUGUCCUUGUGUCCCAGGGCCUCCAGGUCUCCCAGGAUUGCCGGGGUUAGACGGCGUAAAAGGAAUCCCAGGAGGACGCGGAGCAGCUGGCGUUAGAGGAAACUCAGGGUCCCCAGGAAGUGUGGGUCUUCCAGGAUUUCCAGGGUUCCCGGGUGCUCGGGGUGACCCAGGACUUAAAGGAGAAAGAGGUGAAGCAUCUCAGCCAGAGGGACAGGUGGGUGCCCCGGGGGAUCCUGGGCCCCGAGGGCAUCCUGGAAGAAAGGGCUUGGAUGGAAUUCCUGGAACUCCAGGAGCAAAAGGAUUACCAGGACCGAAAGGCGAACUGGCCCUGAGUGGUGAGAAGGGGGACCAGGGUCCUCCAGGGGAUCCUGGCACGCCUGGGUCCCCAGGACCCGUAGGACCAGCUGGACCGUCAGACUACGGACCACAGGGAGAGCCUGGUCCAAAGGGGACCCAAGGAGUUCCUGGAGCCCCUGGACCACCUGGAGAAGCCGGUCCUAAGGGAGAAUUCAAUGUUUUGACACCAGUCCCCGGGCUCCCAGGAUUUCCAGGGCCCCCAGGCCGUGCUGGCCCCCGAGGCCCACCUGGUAUCCCUGGAUUCGUAGGAAAAUGUGAUGAUCCGGGUAUUCCUGGGGCUGAUGGUGAACCAGGAAUUCCAGGAAUUGGAUUUCCUGGGCCUCCUGGACCUAAGGGAGACCAAGGUUUUCCAGGAUCAAAAGGAUCACCGGGUUAUCCUGGAGAAAUGGGAAAGGCAGGGUUACCUGGAGAACCAGGCCUCCCAGGAGCCAAGGGAGAACCAGGACUAGCCAUGCCUGGAGAACCAGGAAUACCAGGUUUUCCAGGAGAAAGAGGCAUUUCUGGGGAAAAUGGAGAAAUUGGACACCCUGGACUUCCAGGUCUCCCUGGAUUUCCAGGAACUGGAGGGCUUGAUGGACCACGAGGGGAUCCAGGGCAACCCGGACCACCUGGAGAAAAAGGACUCCCAGGAAGGUGCACAGAGGGUCCCAGGGGAGUCCAAGGACUUCCAGGCUUAAAUGGAUUGAAAGGGCAACAAGGCAGAAGAGGCGAAACAGGGCCAAGGGGAGACCCAGGUAUUCCGGGCUUGGAUAGGUCAGGAUUUCCUGGAGAACCUGGACCACCAGGAAUGCCAGGUCAUCGAGGUGAGAUGGGCCCAGCUGGUCAAAAAGGAUAUCCAGGAAAUCCAGGAUUUUUAGGGCCACCAGGUGAAAAAGGAGACAUUGGGAUGAUGGGGUUUCCCGGAAACAUUGGCUCUCCGGGGCCUCCUGGGAACCCAGGCACCCCAGGACAGAGGGGUAGCUUUGGCAUUCCAGGAGUAAAGGGUGAGAGAGGACCCCCAGGAGCCAAGGGGGAGGAAGGAGACAAGGGAACUUCAGGACCUUCUCAAAUAUCCCAUUUACUGGGGGACAAAGGACAACCAGGCCUCAAAGGUCCCAGAGGAGAUCCGGGCAGCACUGGGAAUCCUGGAGAACCAGGACCACAUGGUGCGCCAGGAAGCAUAGGGAACAUGGGGGUACCAGGUUCUAAAGGAAUGAGGGGAACUUUGGGACUCCCAGGUCUACCUGGAAGACCAGGCCUCCCAGGUAUUCAUGGUCUCCCAGGAGACAAGGGAGAGCCAGGUUAUUCAGAAGGUACAAGGCCAGGACCACCAGGACCAAAGGGAGAUCUAGGAUUGCCAGGUGACGUGGGAAAGAAAGGAGAAAGAGGGCUACCUGGCACACCUGGACAUUUGGGGCCUGCUGGACCUGACGGAGUCCCUGGACUUCCCGGAAUUCCUGGCCAGCCAGGAAAGCGGGGUCCUGAUGGUGAUUUGGGUUUUAAAGGAAUCAAAGGCUUCCCUGGCUCUCCAGGAAUAAAAGGCCCUCCAGGCCCUCCAGGAUUCCCAGGAAAUCCUGGACCAAUGGGUGUGAGAGGUGACCAAGGACGUGAUGGAAUUCCUGGUCCAGCAGGAGAAAAGGGAGAAACGGGUUUGCUGGGGGCACUUCCAGGCCCAAGAGGGAACCCUGGUGCUCAAGGAGCCAAAGGAGACAGGGGAGCCUCAGGCUUGCCCGGCCUCCCCGGCAGGAAAGGGACAGUGGGAGAUGUUGGGCCACAAGGUCCCAUUGGCAUGGCAGGACCCCCAGGGCCACCAGGUUUUCCUGGUGCAAUCAUCCCUGGCCAAAAGGGAAAUCAAGGUCCACCGGGCUCCAGAGGAAACCCAGGUGAGCCUGGUCCCCCCGGACCUCCAGGGAGUCACGUAGAAGGCAUAAAAGGAGACAAGGGAUUUAUAGGCAAGCCUGGCCCAAGAGGUCCACCUGGAACUGUAGGAGACAUGGGGCCACCAGGUCAUCCGGGACCACCAGGUACCCCAGGUCAGCCAGGGCUCCAAGGUGAUCCUGGAUUCCGUGGAUUUCCAGGCAUGAAAGGAGAGAAGGGUAAUCCAGGAUUUGUGGGAUCAAUUGGGCCACCAGGGCGAAUUGGGCCAAAAGGACUACCUGGUGUACGUGGAGACCCUGGCACAGUUGAGAUCAUCUCCCUUCCAGGAAGCCCAGGGCCACCAGGCCCAGCUGGAGAACCAGGGAUGCCAGGAGAACCUGGGCCACUGGGGCCACCGGGAAAGCCAGGACCCUGUGGGCCAAGAGGUAAACCAGGCAAGGAUGGAAAACCAGGAACGCCUGGGCCAACUGGAGAAAAAGGCGACAAAGGUGGUAAAGGAGAACAAGGACCACCUGGAUCAGAUGGACUGCCGGGUUUGAAGGGGAAACCUGGGUUCACUGGACCACCAGCAACCGGGACAACGAUGAGAGGCUUCAUCUUCACCCGGCAUAGUCAGACCACAGAGAUUCCUUCCUGUCCAGGAGGGACAGAGCCGCUCUAUAGUGGGUUUUCUCUUCUUUUUGUACAAGGAAAUCAACAAGCCCAUGGACAAGACCUGGGAGCUCUUGGCAGCUGCCUGCAGCGAUUUACCACGAUGCCAUUCUUAUUCUGUAACAUCAACAAUGUAUGUAAUUUUGCAUCGCGAAACGAUUAUUCAUACUGGCUGUCAACACCAGCUUUGAUGCCAAUGGACAUGGCUCCAAUUACUGGCAGGGCCCUGGAGCCUUAUAUUAGCAGAUGCACUGUCUGUGAAGGGCCCGCGAUUGCCAUAGCCAUUCACAGCCAAACCACUGACAUUCCCUCGUGUCCCCAAGGCUGGAUUUCUCUCUGGAAAGGAUUUUCUUUCAUCAUGUUCACAAGUGCAGGUUCUGAGGGCGCUGGGCAAGCACUGGCAUCCCCCGGAUCCUGCCUGGAAGAAUUCCGAGCCAGUCCAUCUAUAGAAUGUCAUGGAAGAGGAACGUGCAACUACUAUUCAAAUUCCUACAGUUUCUGGUUGGCUUCAUUAAACCCAACAAGAAUGUUCAGAAAACCUAUUCCAUCAACUGUGAAAGCUGGGGAGUUAGAAAAGAUAAUAAGUCGCUGUCAGGUGUGCAUGAAGAGAGGACAUUGAAGAAAUAAAAAGAAAUAGAACGGUUAUUUUUCAUCCUAAAUAACCAAGUAAUGAUGCAGAACAUGCAUUUAUUUAGGUAUUUCUCUCCAACCAAACAAUAUCACUGUAUGAUGGCUUAGUACAAAGUUUCUAUUUGUUUCGCCACAACAAAGCAUUUCUUUUAAGUUGGUUCUGUGAUCCUGGUCUCUAAAUCUGUGCUGUUUCAAAGUUCCCUAUGGCAAGGCAGCAGACUUUUCACAAAAUAUCACUGAAAUUGUAUUCCACUUGUAUCCAACGCACUAUCCAAACGGUGACUGUAUAAAGUCUGAUGCUACAAGUGAAGAGCUAUUUGGUCCACUGGAUUCCCAAGAUUUUCCCCCUUCUAUUCCAGUCUUUGAGACUCAGGGAGACUAAAUCCGUUUUAGAUUGCCCCACCACUUGCUUCCUGAACCUUUAGACUCUGGGUAGGAAAGGAGAUAGAGGCAUGUGGAGUCCUAGAGCUUCAUGAACAGAAUUGGACUUUCACACCUGUUGAGGAAUCAAAGGCCUGAGGGAACCAGAACUGAACUGAGCUUCUUAGAUUUUCUAGGGCUCCUUUAAACACACCCAAAACUAAGGCCAAAAGGGGGGUUCCCCAAAUGGAAUCAUAAUGGCCUUGGAAAUACUGUGUGAUCUUGUCUUGUAUUUUUUUUAAGAGUUUGUUUGUCCAUUGAAUCCAUUUCACUGCAGCAAUAUAGCCUGCUAGUAUUCAAAGUAGAUACAAUUUUUACCCUUAGUGAAUUAAUUUUAACAGGAUAUUUUUACACACAUGCUCUGAAAUGUGUCUAAUUUUAAUUUCUCUUUUACCAGCACACCCACACAAAUAACAGGACAUGACUUGGUACAUGUGCACUUUAUCCCCAUCCCUAUCAACGUUGGUGCAUACCUUAUAUAUUUGAGUAGUUCAGUAAUCCAUGAAAGAAUUUAAGGCUUUUGUUGGCUAAUCAGGCUCAGAAUAUUUUUCCUUUGCUCUCAAUCUUCCAUUUAACCUGGGUAAUUAGAGAUUUAUUUCCUUGUUACUUCUCUAAUUCUUCCUUUGUAAAAGCACGGUUUUUAUAUUACUUAUUCUUACAAACCAUAUUGAAAGAGUCCACUACGUAAAAAUCUUAAUGUACAAAUCAUAGCGCUUGGCAGCCGUACAUCUUAAAACUUGCUUUUCAGUGUGUUGAUACAUUCCCAAGGUUAGUUAAUUCAACUUAAUAAGCAUUUCAUUCAGUGCCAAGCCAUGCCCCAGGCACUGUGCUAAAUUAUAGAAAUAUU